AUGGCUGAAUCCACUAGGGUUAGGGUUCCAUCACAAUCACCAUUAUCAACAUCACCUAACCCUAAAAUUUGCUACAAUCACGCAAUCAAUUGCUGCUCUGCUCGAUCAAUCCUCGCUAAUCAUGCCAAUUUCAUCAACAGUGGAGCGCCGGAUAGGUUCAUGUACUUCAAUCACGAUGGAUCCUGGAUUGAUUUUGAAAACGAAGUUUUGGAGUCUCUCAAGCCAGUUUUCUUGGACGGCAAGGCGGUGAUUGAAGUAUCGUUUGGUGAGUCAAGGUAUUUAUUUGAUUUUACGCGGAUGUUGCAAAUUGAUUUUGAUUCAGGGAUUCAAAGAUCAAUUGCGUGGAUUGAUGUGAAUGGGAAAUGUUUUUUUCCUAAAAUGUUUGUGCGUGAAGAUUUUGGGGAUAAUUUAGAGGAUGAGGGAUUGAAUAGUCGUAAAAUUGAAAUCGAAAUCAAUAUUGAUGGAAAUUCAAUUAAGAGAAACAGGGAGGAUUUUGAUGAUAACGAUGAGCUUGAGUUUAGUUCGUCGAAGAAAGAAGAGGAGAGUGGAUUAAAACGGCAGCGUUUGGGUAUGCGUGAUGUGGGAAAUCCUAGGUGGCUGAAUUCGAGGGUAUUGAGAGAAGAAGAGAAGAGUUAUUCACUUGUGAAGAAUUAUUUUUUGUCUGGUAUGAAGAAAAUUGAUCCCUGCGUUGUGAUUGGUGCAAUUCAUCAAUGUACGCGCAACGGUCAUUUAGAGGAGGCUCGUCAAGAGGUGUUUCAAAAGCAGAUUGAGAUUACAAAGGCAGCCAGAGGUGCUUCGAAUACAGUGUAUGCUUGGUAUGGGGCGCCUGCUAGGGAAGUGGAAAGUAUUCUGGCCCAUGGGUUUGGUGGGCCUUGCAAGGUUUCUGCUAUUGAAACUUAUGGUGUUGGUGUAUAUUUGUCUCCUUUUGGAUUGCCCCAUAUGAGCGCCAAGCUCUCAGAGGCAGAUGAUAAUGGCGAAAAAUAUAUUAUACUAUGUAGAGUAAUAUUAGGUAAUGUUGAGAAAGUAGCGGCAGGCUCUCGACAGUAUUAUCCCUCUAGUAUUGAUUUUGAUACUGGCGCUGAUGAUCCCAAGAAUCCCAAUUGGUAUAUUGUUUGGUCGAGCGUUAUGAACAAUCAUAUCAUCCCCGAGUGUGUUGUGAGCUUCAAAUCUUCUGUUAAUGUUCCAGGUCAAGUGAGAGGAUCAUCUUAUACAAAGUAUUCCCUUGAGAAAUUGUUUUCAAAGUUGAGGAGUUGGCUUCCUCCUGGAAAAAUUAGGGAAGUGGCAAAGCUAUAUGAUGUUUAUAGGGCUGGCAAGUUGACCAAAAAUAUUUUCAUAAGGCAUUUGCGAUGUGUUGCGGGGGAUGAUGUUCUGCUAUCUACUAUUCGGGAGAUUCAUCAUGAGAAAGGCAAGGAUGGAUUGCUCUGUUCUGCCUGUCUUUGCUUCAUCGUAUGUCAUACUUUAAGUUUGAACAUGCUUCCUUUUAUCUAUGAGCAUCACUUCAUUUUCUCCAAAGUUUCGUAUAUCGGAGACAUUGUGCAUUAUCUUCGAAGCUUACUGUGUUUCGAGAGAAUUCUUAACUUGAAAGCAGGAAUAGCUGAUGGUACUUAUCGUGGUUUAUACUUUCUGCCUAGAAUACUGGAUCUGCCCUUGCUCGUGUUCUUUUACCUUGAUUCAAAGAUAGGGAUAAUGCUGCUUGGUAGGAGACGGCUUGAUAAGCUGUCCGUUUUGGCUAAUCCAAUGGCAGUUCUUAAUGGCCUUGAUAUGCAGUGGCGUGAAGAAGUUGCUACGGUGUUGCAGGUUUAA